AUGGGUCGUCGCAAGGAUAAACCACGUCUUAUACCGGAACAGGAUAAGCGCAUAUGUCGCGCCAUUUGCCUUUGUCAAUUGACAAUGGUGUUAUCCUGCGUGUCCAUCGUCUACCUGAGUGUUGCUAUCUAUUCGCCAUCACUAAAAGCAUUCAAAUCCGGUUUCGAACUCGACCCCGUCAUGUGCCAAACGGUCGAUCGUCAAAUGCCAAAUAACUGCCCGUGGGCCUCAUGCGGCGAAUGGUGUCUGACGCGCACCAGCGGCUUUUGUCCGCAAAUACAUUCGGUGGUGCGACGCAACGGCACCGAUAUACAGCUCAAUAAUUGCACGCGAAUCGCCAAUACAUCCUGUGCCAUGAUUGACAUGAAUCGCUUAAAUAAAUUCAACUGCAAUAACGGCACAGUUUGCAAUAACAUUCGUGGCGUCUUCAAUUGUUCGAAUGGUCAUUGCAAAAAUAUGUCAGAAUUCUUUUUGUGUCAUCAUAAGCCCGAUGGUCCAACAAUCAACUCAGCCAAGGACAAUACAAAACUGAAUGGAUUUUUCGAAUGCCGUGGAGUGCAUUGUACGAAAAUUAAGAAACCUUUCACUUGCGAUCGUUAUUGCACCAAAAUUACAACGACAUCAAUAAAUGUGCUCCUGAUGCUUGAAGACAGCGUUAUCACAGCCGACUGUGACUCUGGUGUUGCCUUCAAUGAGGCACGUGGCAGCGAACAUGGCGUAAAAACUGAACCCACCGAGUUUUGGAAGGAUGAAGAUGGUCAACUACUGACCAAUUGUGCUACUGUGAGGCGAGAGGGUGACAAAAUUUUCGCUACAGAUUGCCUGAAUGGCACCAUUUUAGAGCCAGGCACACUGCCACAACCAUUCAUGAAUUUCACACAGUUCUGGAGCAUAUAUGCGAAUAGCACACAUCCUGUCGAUCCCGAACAACGUUUGCUACCCAAUCAAGCGAAUCUAACCAUUUACACAUGGAAGAAGUUAUAUAUCAAUUUGGAAGGUUGUGUGAAUACGCUGCGCGGCGAAUGUAAGGAUUUCGUGGCACGCUAUGGCAACGAUGGCGAUAACAAUACGGCACAGUCACGCUAUCAGUGUUACUACAACAAGGUAAGUGCUAGUUAGUUACUUAGUUACCAGUGAAGUUCAAAAUAGGCAUGGAGAGAGAGAGAGAGAGAGAUAAUGC